AUGACGUUGCAGCAUUACUCAGUUCCAAAUAAAGAUUACCAAUGCCAAGGUAAUCAAGGCUUAUCAAUGCACGACCAGCAAGCAACAUCACAAACAAAGUUGCAGCGUGCAUGCUCAACGAGGGCCGCUUUCGACGAAAGUCAUCCCGUUUAUACUACUUCUUUGAGUAAAUUAUACGACCGAGAAAUCCGUGAAUUUUUUGAGAGUGCACGCUUAAGAUUGCAUGGUAAAGAUAAGCGAUUAGGACAUUACAAAGAUUCCAAAGAAAAGUUAUUGAACAGCGGUUCAUCCGGUGAAAUCGGUAAAAGUAGUAGUCGAUCAUCAUCUUUAACAGACGUACGAGGAUCUGAUCCUGAUCUCAAUGAGAGACAGAAGUUUGAUAAGGCAAUUCAAAUAUUACAAGGUUUAAUCAUGAACGAAAUACUUGCCAAUCUUUUGAUUUUACAUAAUUGGUCGGCACGGAAAAACAGAAACAGGGAGAUAUUCUUGUUCUUGCUUACUCAUAGUAACGUGUCACAGCAUCGGGAUAUCAGUGAGUGGUUAGAACAUAAACAACGUAUUACUAUACAACUUGGCACACAAGUUUCAUUCUGAAAAAACGCUGUUUUUAUUUCAAUAAAAUGUUUGGUAUCCGAUAUUGCUACUAA